GCCAACGGCAGUGUCGCCUCCCCAUUCCACGGUGUUCACCACGCUUCCCCGUUGCGACUGCGAUCGCCGAUUCCAGGUCCAAUUGCCCGAUCGCCGAUUCCAGGUUCAAUCGCCCUACGGAGGACGCGGAUUAUUCUCUUCGCUACCGAUCGGUCGAUGGACAUCACGAGUUCCUGGCCUUAUUGAUUACCUUCUGGGGCCCUUUUGUGGAUAAAUAUUAUCUCAACAAAGAUAAAAUUGUUCGGUAGGUUGUGGUGUUGUGCCACUAAUGUUGGUAAACAUCUGGUAUUGAUACACCAUAUUCAUGCUCAGCAUCAUAAAAGUAACAAACCUUGGAUUUUGAUUUGGACCUUCCAGUUUCUUUACUAUUUUUUGCUGUUGAGCACCAUCUACAAUGACCAAAGAUCUGAUAUCUGGUGAGGUUUUGAAGGCUGUCUUCCCUUUACUUGAUGGUGAAGAUCUAGUUUCCUGCAUGCUGGUAUGCCAUCAAUGGAGAGAUAUUGCCAGGGAUGAUUACUUUUGGAAGUGCGUCUGCUCCAAGAGAUGGCCUUCCAUUUGCAAAAGACCUCCUCCAUCCUUGAGCUACCACAACCUCUUUGUGACCUUCUCCAGAUCCCAGCCACCUCAGCCGCUUCCCCCAUCAAGGCUUUCCUUUGAUGAUUUGGAAUUCUACAUCGACCUUUGGUCGGAACAGAGACUGGUAUUUUCUGAAGCUGUCUCCGGCACUGCACUCCUGAGAGGGAUAAAGAACCCACCUCCUGGAAUACCUGAUGCGCUCAAGGUUCAUCUGGACAGUGAUGAUUACAAGAUGACAAUGCAAGUCGAGCCAAGAUUCUCCCUUUCGUUGGGACGGAUGAUCACCGUGUCCAUCCUCGUGAGUCGCAAGGAUACACAUCAAAUAGCACGAAUCGUGAACCAGUCCCAUUUUGGGUACGUAGAUGGCAACGCAUUCCGCGCACUGGCUUAUGACUACCUAAACUUUGCACCAGGACAUCCGUUUGUAUCUGGAAUCAGGGCUUGGGUCUCCCUGUUGUUUAUGGCGAACAAUGCCCUCAGAAUCACUGAUGUCUUUGGCAUUGAGAUCGACUUCUGCGAUGCUGCAAGCUCUGAGAAUGAAGUCUUGUGGCUCUUGGACAUGCUUGACUGGAAAUAAAUCUGAGCUACACACAUUGUUGCAUGUAAAUGAGUACAAGCAUCGAGGUGAGUUGUGGAAAUGUCAGUGGGCGACAAUACUCAAUAUUUGUGAUUGUAGAAGACUGUAAUUAAAGCCUAGUUGUUGUCUUAUCAUUGAUAGUGUUCUAUCAUCUUCAUGAAGUGGUGAUGCAUAACAAAAUUGCAGCAUUGCUGAUGGAGUCAUAAUCUUCUAAGAUGUAAUAAUUAAGUCCUAAACAUGUACUUGUCAUUCUAUGUUAUCGAUCA